UCACGAUCUCUGGUAUGACCUGAGUUUCACAGGUUGUCCCAUUGGGCCGGCACUCUACGAAAAACACUUUUUAAAUACUUGGGGCAGGGGACUGAAGGGCGUCGCGUCGCGUCUGUUACAUUAUUCAUGAGCGUGCACGUGGGCGGCCCCUCCACCCGCCUGUAUCUCGGCUCCUGUAUCAGGCCCACACGCCUACCCGCCGCGCAGCUCCUCGCCCACCAGACACCAGGCACGCGUCUGGCGAGUGAGGGGCGCCAUGAAGGGACAAGUUGAGAUCAGCACCGUCGAGCUGGUGGCCGCCAGACUGGAGAGGGAAGCUGAGCCUGGAGUAGUGUCUGGCCGGCUGGAAUCCUUCCACGACCAUCGCUGUGACAGUGUUCCUGCGAAUCACAAUGUCACCUACGCCGGGGGAAGCCCUCCUCCUAUCGGCCUGGAAGAGGCACUGGAUCUCACAGGUUUUGGGAGGUUUAGUGUCAAGUUGGUGCUGGGACUCUGGCUGUGCAUGACAACCCAGAACUUCACCGGAACUGACAUUGCGUACUCGCUGCCGGCUGCUCAGUGCGACUUGCAGUUCACAGCUAUGGAGAAAGGCUGGGUGAAUGCUGCCUUGUACGUUGGCAUGAUGAGCACGGCCUUCGUGUGGGGCGCGCUGUCGGACCGGGUGGGUAGAAAGUACCCGUUGGUUCUGUCGUACGCAGCCAUGGCUGUGUGUUCCUUCAUCAACGCAAUGUUCGUCUCCACCGCCUGGGCCUUUUUAGUCUGCAGAGUCUUCAUGGGUGCCAUGUUAAUCGCCACUGCCACGCUGUCGAUGACAUAUGCUGGAGAACUUUUUGGCAAAACGUACCGUGCCAGGGUCUUCAUGUGGGGCGGCACAUUGCAGGCUUUCUCCGCGGCUGGGCACGCAGGGCUCGCCAUGUGGAUCAUACCGCUGCAGCUUUCGUGGCUGCGCUCUUGGCGCGUGUUUAUGCUCCUCACGACACUCAUCAACGCCGUCACGGGCCUGUUCCUGCUGCUCCUGCCCGAGUCCCCCAAGAGCCUGGCCGUGCGCGGGCGGCAGCGCGAGUCCAUCGGCGUCCUGGCCAGCAUCUUCUCGUCCAACACGGGACUGCCGGCUGACUGCUACCCGGUGCGCUCGCUCACGCUCCCCAAGAGCCUGCAGGACUCCGCUAAUGAGGGCAACCCGUUCGCCGUCAUGGGCCGGCAGUUCGUCAAGCUGUGCCGGCCGCCCUACCGGAUACCGCUGUUGUUCGCCGUGAUUGUGCAGCCCCUCAUCCUCUACUGCCAAAAUACAAUCCGUAUGUGGGUACCAACAAUCUUCGCAGAGAUGGAGCGGGACCUCGCGUCGGGUCUGACGCAAAGUCGAGCGGUAUGCAACAUCUUAGAGGAUAUGAGCCCGGCCGCUGCCAACGUGACCACAUACACGAACUGCGAAGCGUUCCACGUUGACUCCAGCGUCUACCUCAACUCAGCCAUCAUAAUGCUGGCUAGGGCCGGCUUCCAGCUCACGGCUGGAUUCACCAUUCAAACGCUCGGUCGAAAGAUCUGCUUAGUGUCUACGCUGACCCUUGCAACCUCAACUCUCAUCGCAUGGCCGUUCGCCGCUUCAUCUUCAGUAGUGCUAAUGAUUGCCUGCUUCUUCGAGGGCCUUGCUAACGUGGCUUUCACCACCCUGAUGAACAUUACCGUGGACCUUUUCCCGACCAGCGUCAGGUCAUCCGCAGUUAGUUUGGCAAACUUUUCUGGCCGGGCUGGCUCUAUGGUGGGCAAUAUUGCAUUCCCUCUGCUGUUGGCCUUCAACUGCUCUCUAGCCUUCUGGACCGGAGCGGGGCUGCUGGCCUUCGCAGCCUUUCUGUCGGUGUUUAAACCUCGUCCUUCCUUCACGCCUAUACCAAACACGGGCAUGGGCGCCAAGAUGCUGGCUGAGCAGAGAGCCAGUAUGGCUAGCAUGACCACUGUGACCAGCGCCACCACCAUCGAUGGCUGUCAGGCCCCCAAGUAGUGAAAAUUCAUCAACGCGUCUAACACUGUGAUAAAAAUAACUUGUAACACAUCGUCGAAAAAUUACGAUUUAUUUUGUAAUUAAUGUUUACAAUAUACGUUGUAAAUUUA